GGUCACAAAAACACAGGGAGAGAUGUGUUAGAAAUAAAUUACAAUAGGCCUGUUGGGACUGUAAUAGCACUUGGUGGGACUGGCAUUGAUCAUAUAUGAUAAACACGGAAUUGAUAAACACCAUGUUGAAUUGCUUGAAAAUAAACAGCCAUGUUUUAAAACAAUCUAAUUUAUUUUAAAAUAAUUUUAUUUUAAACAAACUUGCACUUCUCUGGUAGCGUAAUAUUUUGGCAUAUAAUUUAGUACAUUAAGCGGAUUAGGACGCAGCACGCAGCCGAAAGUAUCGUUCGGAAAACAGCCCACUGACUGAUUCCUGCACUUCACUGCUAAAGUCUGCUGGGUCUCCCAACAUCAGCCCAUGAACCCAGCUCACAAAUUAAUUUAAUAAUUAAUGAAACGAAAAACUUGACACUCUUACCUAGUUUCUGUGAAUCUUAGUCUGGAUUUGGGAUUUAAAAUCCCUAACACAGUAAUAAACGUUGUUAGAUAAACUGUUAGAUAAACUGUCAUUUCAAAAAUGGGCACAAACUUUUAUGCCUUUUGGUUAUAGGCCUAUUCGAAACACAAAACUCACUGUAAAUGGGGGAACAUCCGGAUUUAUAGACAACUCAGGGUCAAUUCUCGUAGACGGUGCUCAUUCUGGCUUUUCACUUCUUAUGCUUUAUGCCCCUCAUCUCUUAAUUAAUUUCCAACUUUAAUUAAAAAAUGUACAAUUUGGCAUUACAAUCCAAUACAAGUAUAUUCUAUGUAUGUAACAUUCAAAUACCGAUAAAGUAAGGCAAAAAACAAUAUAGGACACUAGUGGAUCACUUUGUAUGCAAAUAUCCGAUAUGUUAUUUGGGUGGGAGAGGGAGGAGAUGCUCUCUUGUUGUCACUUGCCACCCAAGACGUGAUUCAGCCUCAACAAUUACCAUUAUCUGUGUCCUACUUUUCACGACUUGGUCGCAUCGGUAAUGAUGAAGAGGGUUUCCUUCAGUCAUUGUGAAAGUAGCGGCCUAUUCUUAGCUUGGUUCACACCUACCGUCGCUGGGACUUAAGCACUCGAGUCAUUCAGGUGCUUUGUGGCUGAAUAGGGAGGCGUCUACUGUUUAGCUGCGCUAAGUGCUGUUUAUAUAAACAGCGCCAGGCCAGUGUACACAUCAUCACUUGGACUCGGAUAAAGUACCAUUCUACAGCCCGUCCUUGGAUAAAGCUUUUCUUAAACAAACAAAUUUAGCACUGUUAUAUCAUGGCCGUUCCUGCCAGGAUCAGCUUUACCGUGAGGAGUAUUUUGGAUUUACCAGAAAAUGACAGCGACAGCGCAGCGCAUCUUUUGCCACUCCACUCUCUCACUGGCUCCCCUUACUCAUCCUGGACAGACAGCGACAGAGGCCACUGCAUGUCCUCAGAUGAGAGCAAUCCGGAGGCGUCUCCUGACUCCACGGGAUCGAAUGAGCCCCCCGCGGAGGUAGAUCAGGAAAAGAAGAAGAAACGGCGUGUGUUGUUCUCCAAGGCCCAGACCUAUGAACUGGAAAGGCGUUUCCGGCAGCAACGUUACCUGUCUGCUCAGGAGCGCGAGCAGCUCGCUCAUCUCCUGCGCCUCACGCCCACACAGGUUAAGAUCUGGUUUCAGAACCACAGGUAUAAGAUGAAACGAGCAAGGGGAGAGUCUGUACAGGAUUUCGGGCCUCCUCCAGUGCUGCGCAGGGUCGUGGUACCGAUUCUUGUGCGGGACGGUAAACCAUAUCAGAGCUGCAUUGGCGAUACUGAAAAGAGAGGUUGCGUGAUUUCGCCAUCGCCCUGCGGUCCUCGAGGGUUCCAGCCCUUCCAGCCAUCGACUUUUGCGCUUCUACCGCAGUACCAGCACUUUACAAACCCAACAGCCUCCACACACCAUUUCAUUUGGUGACGCUGUCCACAGUGAACAAUGGGUGACGCGUGAAUCAUACAUGCUUUUAUUUACACAUGUAGUGUACACAGUAACUGAGUAAAUGCAAUUUGCACAUAUUUUAUUUUAUUGUUAUUCUUAGAAAUAGUUGUGUUUUCUGAUCAAACGUUAUUUUUUACUUUUUGCAACGAUUAAGACACACAACUACAGUAUUGCAAA